AGUACCCAAUCCUGUGACGCAGCUCUUGAUGACCUCUACGACGCGGUAGUCUGACACGAAAUUUUCUGUUGCUAAAAGUUGUAUUUUCAUCUUGAUCUGGGAUCAUCUUCCGGUAACGGUAUUUCUAUUUGUCUGUGAAAAAAAAUCAUCGUGUCUACUUCACUGUCAACAUCAUACUCAUGACGCGAGUCCGUUGUAAGAACAUCUUGAUCUUUGCACGUUGUGCCUGAAGGUACUGUCAUCUUGUGCGCCAACAUCCGCGGUCCUCGUUGCUUUUUCAACUUGUAUGUUCCCGGAGGCCCACACGACUCAACAUGUCGCGCAAGAACAUGAUCAUGAGAACAUCAAGUAUUGGAGUUUUCAUCUCGGCCACGACGCAGAUGCAGAUCUACUUGCUCCUCCUGGCCACAACAUUUACUUUGCUCCGCCAAUAUCAAGAGGAAAAAUCCCCCCUCCCCAUAUCAAAAUGGAAAUUUGUGAUGUUGAUUUGUCCCCACAAAUUUCCUUUGUCUUGCCUAUAGGGUAACAGAAGCCACGUGGUGCAUUCCACAGCCAGCCUGUCAUGCGCUUUCGACUACUGCGAACCUGUUUGCCGUGCGUAAUUGCUAGCCUUCUGCAUACCCAAACAGGCUUAGAAAAUGCCGCCAAGCACUUUCUGCAAGAUAAAUCUGAUUUGUGUACGCAAAUCCAGCAUCAGAAACUUCGUUUCGAUAUGGGGAGGAAGCAUUUUUCCUCACAAUAGCCAAGCCACCGCCACCUUAGACAAGUUCGAGUGGUUUCGUUGCGACGCGUGCCGUAUCAAAUGCAAAUGUGUCUGGGUCUGGAAAGUUGUGAUGCUAGUUUGUGAAUGGUAGGCGCAUUACAAUAUGCAGCCACGCAUGACAAGUUUUUGAGCUCCUGUGUGUUUCGCUCUCCGCAUGACAAACUGCAUAUUUGCUUGACAGGAGUAGAGAGCCUCUUUAUUUCCUGCUCAUACAUUACAGAUUUAAGAGUCGUGUGAGACAAGCAUGACAAACUUGCAUGCUUCCAGACCCAGACAUAUUUGCAAUGCAUAUGCCGGGCGACCUUCCACCAACUUCAGAAGCAAAUCGCGAAUGUGACUAGUAUAUCAAAUGUAAAAAUGUCUGGGUCUGGAAGGUUGGAACUUGUGAUGCUAACUUUGGACUCUAAGAAAAUCGGCAUUGCAUGACCAGCAAGAGAGGUCUCGUCUCUGCUACGCGGGGAGGGCAUUUGUCAUGCGGAGUAGGCAUCAGGAAGCCCUCUAAAGAUCUGCGAUGCUAGGUCGUGCAUUACAGACAUCCUGGGCCAUGCAAAAUAUGCAUGACAAAUCUCAGAAUCUUCCAGACCCAGACAUUUUUACAUUUGAUAGAGUAUCCGGCCCAAUGUGCCGCUGAAGGACUACGAGUUUUUGGACUUGCUGGAGGAGAAAGUGUGCAGCGAGAAGAGUUUCGACAAACGAACCUACGGGGUGAAACAGUAUGAAGAGAAGUACUACUUGUUUGGGCCCGGGAUUAUUGACCAUCUUGGGGAUGACAAGGGGUUCGGGCAGAUGGGCAUGGGGGACUACGACCAGAGGCUGAUAUCGUACUUGAUAGUUAAGCAUUUUUGUUUGUCAAGUUUCGAUUUGUGUAGUUGCGUGGUCAGUGAACGGAGAUCGUCUGCUUUGUCAUGCAUAAACACACUAAGCCAAAUGCAAAUUAUCACAAAAACUACUAUAUCAGGUACUGCCAGAUGUUCACGGAGAAAGUCGGGGAAGAGAAGUUGAUGCAGAUGGGCACGGAGAUUGACAAGGAAAAACUUUGUGAAGAGGAGUGCAAGACCAGCAUGUCGGGCGCCUCAGACCCAGAGGAGAUGAAGGCCAAAGACAGGCGAGCCGGCGCGAAAAAGAAGAAGAGAAAGGCGACCAAAGUGACCUGGGACGGGACACGGUCAUCAAGUGCAACUGCAUCAGGGGGUGGUAAAAAGAAGAAGAAAACUGCUGGUUUAAAUUCGAAGACAGAUAUCAAAGACAAAGAUGUUGACUCCAGCACGAGUACUAGUAGAAAGACAAGUAGUUCGAGUAGUUCAGCGCCAAGAACAGGAACAAAGUCUUCAUCCGCUUCGUCUGCUGAUUCCUCUUCUGCAACUACAACCGGAACUUCAAACGAAAAAGAUGAAAACAACAAAUCCACCACAUCGGCAAAAACUACGUCAACCAUGGUGGACAACAAUCUGGAUUUUUUCCUGACAUCAGUUUUGUAUCAAGUGCAAAUAUGUCUGGGUCUGGAAGAUUGCAAUAUUUGCCAUGCUAGUCUGGUAUGUGACUCUGCACUCUGUAUUGCGUGGCCACGAACAGCCUCUCGUCUCGCCUGUCAUGCAAAAACGCCGUUGCUCAUGCGGACUGCGCAGCACAGAAGCACGGGAAAAACUUGUCAUGCUUGGCUGCGCAUUACAGUUCACUUAUUCUUGCUGACUGACUUGCAUCACAAGUUUCCAGACCCAGACUUCUUUGCAUUUGAUACUUUGCCAGAAUUGUCGAUUGAGAGUUUGCAGAAGUUGUCAAACAGCGUUUCCACUGAAUUCGCGAAACGGGCUAGUGGUAUAUCCUGUGCAAAAGUAUCGUACUCGUAUUGCAAUCAUGCAUUACAAAUCUUGUUUUCAAGGUAAAUCCGCAUUACAAAUUUCAUUUCUAACGCUGAGGAAAUUUGUAAUGCAUUUAUACGAGUACGAUACUUUUGCAAUGCAUAUGGUAAUCAUGAUGGCAAGAAGGCAGAACUGUAGAUGCCUUGCCAGUAGCAAGACGAGUGUCAUUGAUGUUUGAUCAGUCAUCGCGGACGCGACGAAGUGUCCACUGCUCUGGAAUGCUGGGCCUAGCUCGCUGUUGCACGUAAAUACUUGUGGCCACGAUGUUACGAU